AUGUUUAACGAAAGAAAACUUGCCGGCAGUGGACAUGGGUUCGUGAAGGCAUACAGCAAUAAUUGGUUGUCGCAGCUGGGAGCGGUCUAUAAAUAUGAAUCACCCAAGGAUGUGCUGCGUAAACCGAACCACCAGCAUCGAAAGAUCGCUCUGUACAGUAUUCUAGCGAUGGCAUUUGUGGCCUUCUUUACGCUGUUCAUGAUUGUGCACGAGGCCGACCGCAGAUCCCGUCAGAUGUUGAUCGAAACCAGCUUCACCAAUGAGACGGCUAUUGAACCGAGUGCUGGCGGGUACAACACCAUCCUAACGACACCGCUUUCCUCGGGUUUACCAUCGACGGGGAGCAACACUUCGCAGGAGGACGAGUCUUCUAUGAAGCGAACACGCCGUCUAAGAUAUUACGGUGCAGAUGAAAAGCCCACCAGAUCUUCUGCAUCACCUAAUGGACGUGAUCGGUUGGUAGUGCUGCCGGCUCGUUUUCUUAAACCACCUUCACGUGCAGUCGAAUGGCCAUCAACGUCAUGGGAGGAAACGAAAGCGAAUCCUCCCGCGGGUGAAGAAGCUGAACGGCGUCGAGACACACUGACUGUAGAGCCGAAACCCUUCCAGGUGGCAAUAAACGGACUGGUACCGAUCGGGUUUCAACAGCCGCGUGUAAACCGUACGACGAAGGCGUUGGCAAACGAUUGGACACCGUCCAGCGUGCAGGACAUUGUCCGGCAGUUAACGCUGGCCAAGCGCAAACAGCAGCAACAACUCCAACAGCAUCAUAUGCUCUACUACAACUAUCCGCACAAUCCCUCACUUCAACCGGCGGAAUUUAAUCACCCGGUGCAUCCCAAUCAUCGCGUUAAGUUCAGCGGUAUCUAUCGACAUCCGCGCAAGGAGGGCGACAUAACGACGCUGUUCGGGGCGGCUUCGCAACGUCCGCGCGAAGUACAUCUGCAGGCGCCGCAGUUGAUAAACCAACAGCUACAACCCGACCGGCUGUACAACUUUAAACCUUCCAACCCGAGCGAGGUGAAUCUGCUCGCGACGGAACAGUUUCGCUUUGCGCCCGCUAGCACCCAACUACCGGAAAGUGAUGAGUGGUCCACACGUGGUAUGCCCUUCUCGGUGAUGCUCAAUCUCGAACCGAUGCCGAUUGUAGGGCCGGGCAGUAAAGGAUUUGCACAGCACCAUCAGCAACAGCGAUAUAGGAAGCGGCUUCGAAAUCCUUACCGGAAUUCGUACCGACAACCACCACCGGCAUGGCCGGAACAAACCUUCGCACAGCUAGCACCGUAUCAGCAGCGUGUUCGACCUUCACCAACGCAACCCUUCCGGGCGGUAUUCGGACAGGCUGGAAGUGAGGAGUACGAGGGUGAGAACUACUUCCGGAAGGAGGGUCGUAUACCGCCACGCAUUCCACCCUUUUCCGCACCGUUUAUCGCACCGGGCCGUUUGAUGGUUCACUUUAACAUCUAUCCCCGGCACCAACCGAUCUCUCAGGUGGCGGAACGUCGGGAAUCGGAACACGACCACCCAACGCCUUCAUCGCUGGAAUCGAUCGUGCUCAACGAGGGUGAAGAGCAGCAGCAACUGCGGGUAAAAAUUACUAGCGAGGCACCACCUGUAACGAUGGCACCGGUCGCAUCAACGGUGGAGGUGAUCAAAUCGAUAGAAAUUCCAACGCAGAUCAACUUCGAUCAUGUACCGUUGGGGCGCAAUCCACCACCACCGUUACCAUCCUUUAGUCGGUGGACCAGUGAUGAACGUACCAGCAGGAACGCGUGGAACGGAGGGGUGCGAGUGUGA